AUGCGCCCUUCCAAUGCCCGCGAGGCAACACCCCGGAGCCCUCAAAUGGAGGCCAGAAGCCGCCGCGGUAGGUCGCGACAGUCGCGGUCGACACGGACAAAACUCUUGGCCGCUCUCGCCACAUGGCCGGCUUUGGCAGCCGCACAGGCCGGGGGCUGCCUGUCGCUGAGGAACUCCAAGGCGUGCCCGGCUUUCCAGUCUGCCUCCAUAUCUACCAGUAAUGCCUUAUUAACAACCUACCCUUUUCUGCAGUUUGCCUCGGAUGUCGCCGCGUUCGACAAUCAACUGGCAGCAUACGUCAAAGCAACCUAUGUCAGGGAAAAAUUCCAAAAUGUCCUUGGCUGCGGCGGCAUCAACUUCACGGACACGAGUAACAUGUACGCGCGGUACACGACGACGGCGCUGUGCAACGCUCUUGUCCAGCGCUCCAUCAAAGACUGCAACUUGUCCAAGGACGCCUCGAGGCCGGUCUGUGCCGACACGUGCGCCGAAUUUGCGCAGAGCGAGGCCUUCAUCACGGCGGACAAGGACCUCUGCUCCCACCCGAGCCCCGACCUGAACAAGCUGAUCCGAGCCGACUUCACCACCUGCGCAUUGCCGGACGGCUCCCUGCAAGGCCGGUGCGUCAACGGGGCAGACAACGAGGGCGAAAACUGCGGCUUCGCCAACAGCACCCUCGGCCUCUGCGCGUACUGCAAGGCCGGCGGCAUCAACUCGACCGACACGUGCUGCUACAACGCCAACGCCGAGAAGCGCUGCCAGGGCGUCAAGCUGCCAUCGUUCACCGCCACCAUGACGUUCUCCACGCCAACUCCAUCAUCGACGGCGCCCGCCGCCGACGGCCACGGGGAUGGCAACGGCGGAAGCCGGCUGAGCGGAGGUGCCGUUGCCGGCAUCGUCAUCGGCUCCCUCGCCGGCCUUGGCCUCCUCGCCGCACUGCUCUUCCUCUGCGUCAGGACGAGACGGCGGGAAUCGGGGAGUCGGGAGCGCGGCAGCAUCUUCAACCAGCCGACGCCAGCUAGGGUCGGGCCGCCGAUGGCUCAGGCGAAGCCGGGCCCGCCGGAGGGCUACGAGGUGCUUCCCGGAGGACGCGUGGCGCGGAUGUCGGCGCUCGAGGGGCACUCGGGCGGCUCGCCCACGCGACUCGACCACGAAGGGCCGGGCGCGGCCUCGGCGGCGACGCUGGCGUUCAAGGGCGGCGACUCGCCAUCGUCGUCGGAUGAAUUUGCCGACAGCCCGCGGUCGGAGUCCCGCGGCGCUCUCCGGCCGCCACCAGCCUCGCGAAGGCAAGGGUCCCUGUCCAGCGGCUCGCUGCUCGCAAGCGAUCCCCAAUCCCCGGCGAGCGGCUGCGACUUUUCGUCCCCCAUGGGCGUCGGCAGCCAGCAGUCGGAGCAGCUGCCCUUCUUCAAGGACUACUACUCUCAGGACGACAUCCACCCGUCCGACAAGGUCGCCGCCCUCUGGGCGUACCAGCCACGGGCGGCCGACGAGUUCGCGCUCGAGCGCGGCGACAUGCUGAAGGUGGUGGGCAUCUGGGACGACGGAUGGGCAACGGGCAUCAUGCUGAGCGAAAAGGCCGAAGACUGGGAGGCCAGGGGACAGUCCCAGAGGGACAGCGGCGUAUCCAACACGUCGGGGCCGCGCGGAAGCACGCCCGUCUCGUCGAACUGCGAGAUGAAGGCGUUCCCCCUCGUCUGCGUGUGCCUGCCCGAGCACUGGCGCAAGACGAUCGACGGCGACGGCUCAGCCGGGGCGGCCUCGCCCGGUGUCGUCACGGGAGCGUCGGACGGACGCUGA